CACUGACGUUUCUAUCCCGGCCUGCUUCCGUUGAAACGGGACUAUUGCAUGGCGCACGAGACCCGACCAUAAACAAACAAGGCUCCGGUGGGAGAGUGAUCCUGCAGCCGACCUCUGAAGGGUGUGAGUCUGCUGUACGACUGCGUUUUUCUGCCCACUGGGGGAUCCAUCAGCUGUACUGUUAGUGCGUGUGUGUUUGUGUGUUUGUGUGUGAGUCUGUGUGUGUGUGUGUGUGUGCACAACAUAUUGUUCUGAUAUGGUUGUAUAUACGACACUGAGAGUCCAAAGGAGCCAGCGGCAUUAUGGGAUGUAGCAGGACUAUGCAGUGACCCCGCUCAAUUGGAAGGAAACACUCACUGUGUACAGGAGCAGCAGGAACAGGCAGACUAUAGCCUAAACACACACACCUACACAAACACACACACACACACACACACACACACACACACACACACACACACACACACACACACACACACACACACAUCCCAGCAGCUUGCAGCCAUGCCUGUGUUCAGUGGCCUGUUGAAGGUGCGAGUGUGUGAGGCAGUGGACUUGAAGCCCACCCCAUGGGCACUACGUCACGCUGUGGGGAAGAGUGGCUCCUUCCUGCUGGACCCUUACCUGGCUCUGAAUCUGGACCAGACCCGGCUGGGCCAGACCGCCACCAGGACCAAGACCAACAGCCCUGCCUGGCACCAGGAGUUCUGCACAGAGGUCCGUGAGGGAAGGAGCCUUGAGCUGUCUGUUUUCCACGAUGCACCCAUUGGAUACGAUGACUUUGUGGCCAACUGCACCAUCCAGCUGGAGGACCUGCUGCAGAACGGGACCAGGCACUAUGAAGACUGGAUUGACCUGGAGCCGGAGGGGAAGGUGUACGUGGUCAUCGAUUUGUCUGGAUCUUCCACUGAGGCCUCAGGAGCCAAUGACAAUGAGGAGCGAGUGUUUCGAGAGAGGAUCGGACCUCGCCGGCGGCAGGGGGCGGUCCGAAGACGCGUCCAUCAAGUCAAUGGACACAAGUUCAUGGCCACCUACCUGAGACAACCUACCUACUGCUCACAUUGCAGAGAUUUUAUCUGGGGCGUGCUGGGGAAACAGGGAUACCAGUGUCAGGUGUGUACGUGUGUCGUCCACAAGCGCUGCCAUGAGCUCAUCAUCACCAAGUGUGCCGGGAUGAAGAAGCAGGAGGACACACCAGAGGAGGUGGGUUCACAGCGGUUCAGUGUUAACAUGCCCCAUAAGUUCAGUAUCCACAACUACAAGGUUCCCACCUUCUGUGACCACUGUGGCUCCCUGCUGUGGGGACUCAUGAGGCAGGGCCUGCAGUGUAAAGUGUGUAAGAUGAAUGUGCACAGGCGGUGUGAGAAGAAUGUAGCUCCUAACUGUGGUGUGGACGCCCGAGGAAUCGCUAAGGUCCUGUCUGACCUGGGAGUCACACCUGACAAGAUCUCCAACACUGCGCUGCGCAGGAGGAAGUUGACUCCAGGGCAGGACCCUCCCCAGUCUCCUCCUGAGCUCUCUCAGACUGAGAACAGUUUCAGCCAACCAGCUGUCCCCACCUCCCCCUCACAGCAGGACUUGGCGCAGUUAGAUCGCCUGCAGGACACGCUGUCACUGGACCAGCAGGGACCCCAACACUCCUCCUCCUCCUCCUCUUCCUCCUCCUCCACCAACUCCUCUUCCUCCACCACCUCCUCCUCGGGAGUCAGGGAGAACGGACAGAGCCAGAGGAGGAGUAUCAAGGACUUCAACUUUAUCAAAGUCCUGGGCAAAGGCAGCUUCGGCAAGGUGAUGCUGGCGGAGCUGAAGGGGACGGAGGAGGUUUAUGCCGUCAAAGUGCUGAAGAAGGACGUGAUCCUGCAGGACGACGACGUGGACUGCACCAUGACCGAGAAGCGCAUCCUUGCCCUCGCCCGCCGACACCCCUACCUCACCCAGCUGUACUGCUGCUUCCAGACACGGGAUCGUUUGUUUUUCGUUAUGGAAUAUGUGAAUGGAGGAGAUCUGAUGUUCCAGAUUCAGAGAUCCAGGAAGUUUGAUGAGCCUCGCUCUCGUUUCUAUGCUGCCGAAGUCACCUCAGCCCUCAUGUUCCUGCACCGUAACGGAGUCAUUUACAGGGAUCUGAAGCUGGAUAACAUCCUGUUGGAUGCAGAAGGCCACUGUAAGCUGGCAGACUUCGGCAUGUGCAAAGAAGGCAUCAUGAACGGAGUGACCACCACCACCUUCUGUGGCACGCCCGACUACAUCGCCCCUGAGAUCCUGCAGGAGCUGGAGUACGGAGCCUCUGUGGACUGGUGGGCCCUGGGAGUGCUGAUGUAUGAAAUGAUGGCCGGACAGCCUCCGUUCGAAGCAGAUAAUGAAGACGACUUGUUUGAGUCGAUUCUCCAUGACGACGUCCUCUACCCAGUGUGGCUCAGCAAAGAGGCGGUUUCUAUCCUUCGAGCAUUCAUGACCAAGAACCCGGCCAAGCGUCUGGGCUGCGUGGUGAGCCAGGGCUGUGAGGAGGCCAUCAAGACCCAUCCCUUCUUCAGAGAGAUCGACUGGGUCCUGCUGGAGCAGAGAAAAGUCAAACCACCCUUUAAACCGCGAAUUAAGACCAAGCGAGAUGUGAAUAACUUUGACCAGGACUUCACCAAGGAGGACCCUGUGUUGACGCCCACGGACGAGGCCAUCAUCCGACAGAUCAACCAGGAGGAGUUCAAAGACUUCUCCUACUGCGCCCCAGAGGAGACGCAGACCUAACGCACACGCACACGCACACGCACACACACACACACACACACACACACACACACAGAGAUCCAAUAACACUAAAUCUGCCAUGCACGAACUCACACAUGCUGACACUCAUACAUGUGUAAAACCAUAAAUCCCUUUACAAAACACACACACACACACACACACACACACACACACACACACACACACACACACACACACACACACACACACA